AUGGAAGUCCAAGAAGUCUUUGAAACCCUAACGGAUCCGGAUGCACCUGCAGGGGAAGACGACGAUGCAUACAAGGCUGCACCUCGAACACUCGAUGCAUACUUUACACCACAAGUAAAUGUACCAUACGAGCGACACAUUUUUCGCCCAAUGAAGCAAGAAGAGCAUGAUACGGUCGAUCAAUUUGUUGUAAGGCUCAGUAAUCAAGCUGCGAAUUGUGAAUUUGGUGCUACGAAGAAUGAGCAAAUACGUGAUCAAAUCAUUGAUAAGUGCAAGUCCACCGAGCUUCGGCGAAAACUUCUGCGAAAGGGACAAGAGCUAACAUUGGCAGACACGCAGAAGAUUGCUCGAUCGUUGGAGUUAUCUUAA